GUACACCCUUUAUACCCAAGUAUCAUCUCCUUGCUUGCUAUGGUGCAGGACUUGUGGAAACCUCGAUUGGAUUGCUCGUUUGUUUUGGUUCCCGGUUGAAGCUGCCACAGUGCGAACGCGGUCAAGGUCCAUGGAAGCUCCCAAAAAACAAAUCAAGGUCGUGCUGGCCGAGCCACAAGAUGCAGAUACUUUGGGCGACAUUCACGGCCGAGCGUUCGCAUCAUGCCUAACCUCCAUCUUCCCUAUGGGUCCGGAACUCACUGUGCCCUACUUGGAUUUCCGACGAUCGCAGUGCCGUCGGCAGGCUGUUGCCGUCCAUGAUCCAGUGCAAAAGUCUCUGCGCAAGUCUUAUCCGUCAAUUUUGCUCAAGGCUGUCCUUCGAGAUCAGGCGACUGGCAAGGACGAAAUAGUAGGCGUGCUUGUUGGCCAGGUGGUCCCACGACGUUCAGACUCGGUAGCAAAGGCGUCUAUCGACCGUGCCGAUGCGUCGUUACCGGUGCUGAAAUUCCCAGAAGGAUAUAAUGAAAGGAUUUGGAACGCCCUGAGGGACCUGAUGAUCAAGGCCGAAGCGGAUUUUGUCGGAAAUCAGACGGUCCUCGGUCAGUUCAAAAUUUCCUCUCUAGAUAUCGGAAUCCUGGCAGUAUCGUCUGCCGCUCGAGGCUAUGGCAUCGGCCGAGCGAUGAUCGAUCAUCUCAAGUCUCACUACCCGGGCUUACCCAUCUGUCUCACCGCGUUCGAAUCCGCUGUCGGCUUCUACGGUCGCAAUGGCUUCGAAUGUCCACGGGACCGCAUGAUCUCUCAUCCAGAUUGGGGCUUCAGGCUAUUUCCGUGCAUAUGGCGGCCGACAAGCACAGAUGCUGUAGACGAAGAGAACAUCGAUAAUAUGUGACGAAUGAUCAAAGCUCCGAAAGUAUCCUGUCGAAAGAAACGACACCCUCUCGACCUAGUGACGUCGCCAGCGCUACUACUGCUGCCCCAGCAGCCUGCAUUCUCCUUGCAGCCGCACCAUUCGUGACACCUCCAACACCAAUGAUCU